AGGAAAAUACUCAAUUUUUAGUUUGUUUGUUUUUUAACUAAAUUUCCAACCCCAAAAGUACAACAAUUCCAUCGGCAACGUGGAUAGUUGGAAGAAUAUAGCGGGAGCAGUUUCUAAAGUCGAAAGCUUGGCUAUGCAUACGUGUCACGCUAGAAUAUCGACUCGGCAUAUUCCCGCGUCGACAAGUCGAAUGUUUGUUUGCGCUCUGCAACUGUGAAAACGAACGCAGUCGGGUGAGGAAGUUUUUGUAUUUAGCCAGUCGGCGCAGCACACAAUUCUCUCUGUAUACGCAGCCAACAGAAAACACACAAGGCAUCAACGCGUCCGUCCGUCCAAGAAGAAUGAGCCGGGCCACUACAUCAAUCUCGAAUAGAUAUGGAAGUCAUAAGUUGUCAACGCGGGAAUACAAUUCCAGUUCUAGCCCCCGCGUAAUAACACACGGUGGUUGAUUCGAGGGGGUUGAAUGGUAACUAGGUUACGUGAAUACAUACCUGGACUAUAUAGGAACGAGUUCUUCUGGUUAUGUACCGCAGUUUCGUCGGGAUUAUUAUACCAAUAAACAUGUAGCUCAUGCUCUAGCCAAGUUACAGCGCUGCGGCUUGAGCGUAGGCACUAAAAUGACAUCUCUUUUCAAAGUAAUCACGCAAUAUCGCAAGUCCGCCUAGUAGUUAUUCAAUGGCAGCAUGCUAAUGUAGGCCUACUGCGUUAUUACUAGAUUCGUCUAUACAACCUUGAAACCCGUCGUCCGUGUUGGCUCUCCGUCCUAUAUAAUGUACCCGCAGGGAGAAAGGAAUGACCACGAAUUGUAAAAAUAUCUAUGUAAUUACAUAAACACAUAUAAGAACACAGUGAAGGGGGUUGGUGAGUGCGCCGAGUCCAUAGCCACACGAAAAAAGAAACGGGAAAAAAAUAAAAUAAAAAGAACACGCGGCGGCGGCUUUCACGACGACAUUGAGGGUGGCGAGGGUGUUUUGGGGUUGCCUAGGCAACGGACGACAGGGCCCGUGUCAUUCGACACUGUCCAACUGGCUGCACGAGCAACGCUGAACUGCAGUGUCUGACGGAACUGACUACUGACUGGAACGGGGUGCGGUGCCUAACGAUGUUUUUGCUACGUUAAUUUGCGUCAUAUAUCCAUUGUUAUAGUUGCGUCGUUAUUUAGUGUUUAUCGUGUGUGAAGAAGAUUCCGACCGAAAUCUACUAGACGUCCGAGAUGGGCAACUGCAAGGGAAAAGCAAACGAUCCACUCAACAAACAGAACAGCUCGGCUUUCGAUCGAGUGACAUCUCGCACUUCCACCGAUGAUGAUUGCCUCCUCUACCAACUGGCCGAUUAUCAAAAAGGUGGCGAUCUCAUCCGAUACUUCACCAAAGAAGGACCCCGUGCCACCGAAGAGCUUCUCAAAGAACAGAUUCCGCUGUUACUUUACCGCAAAGGAGAGGGGCAAAUAGUCAGGAGGUCCGACUACCUCAAAUGGAAGUACCGCAACAAACGACACGUUGGCGUACCGGUCAACGAAGACGUACCCGGAUGGAAGGACCAUCUCGCCUGUUGGAACUUUGAUUACCGCGGCUCAUUGGGCGAGUCUCUCUUGCAUGUCCUCAUCGUCUGCAACACGUCGAUCCACUGCAAACUGGCCAAACUGCUCAUCGUCCUGUUCCCGAAUUUGGCGCUGGACGUCGUCGAGGGAAAUGAGUUUAGAGGAGCCAGUGCCCUCCACCUGGCCAUCGCCUACGACAGUUUAGAAGUCAUCAAAUUGCUAGUGGAAGCUGGUGCCGUCGUCGAACAACGUGCCGUAGGGACGUUCUUCUUGCCUCGUGACCAGCAGAGGGCCCGACCGAGCCGGACCACCGAUUACGAAGGUCUGGCUUACUUUGGUGAAUACCCCAUAUCGUGGGCGGCUUGUUGCAACAACGAGGCCGCCUACAAUUUGCUGAUUGAUCGAGGGGCCGAUCCCAACAGCCAAGAUUCUUUUGGCAAUAUGGUUCUACACAUGGUGGUGGUCUGCAACAAACUGGAAAUGUACGGUUACGCACUGAGACACCCCCGCAUCCAGGCUAAAAUGGGCAUCGUCAACAAUGCCGGCCUAACUCCAUUGACACUCUCCUGUCACCUGGGUCGAGCCACCAUUUUUCGCGAAAUGUUGGAACUAACAGCCAAAGAAUUUUGGCGCUAUUCCAAUAUCACCUGCUCGGCUUAUCCGCUCAACGCUCUCGACACUAUCCUUCCGGAUGGGCGCUGCAACAUGACUUCCGCCCUUAUGAUUAUCCUGAACGGAACUAAAGAGGAACAUUUGGACAUGCUGGACGGUGGCAUCAUUCAGCGGCUGUUGGAAGAGAAAUGGAAGACGUUCGCCCAGCGACAAUUUCUCAAACGUCUUGGCAUUCUCUUCUUCCACUUGUUGGUGCUCAGCAUCGCAGUGUACACCCGACCCAGACGUGACAGACCGCUCAUACCGGACGACUACGACGCGUUGAACGCCAUGGAUAUCACACGUUUCUGUUUCGAGAUUAUCACGUGCCUCAGUUGCGUUGGCUACGUCGUCAUCCAGCAGAUCUCGGAAUUGAAGAAUGUCGGUCUCAGAGGAUUCCUCUACCAACUCUCUAACAAUCCGGCCAAGGCUAUUUUCCUGGCGUCUAAUUUCCUGACGCUGGCUUGCAUUCCGUGCCGAUUUUAUGGUAAUCGAGACGCAGAGGAAGCCAUCCUUAUCUUCGCCUUGCCAUCCGCCUGGUUCUUUCUCAUGUUUUUCGCCGGAGCUAUUCGACUGACUGGGCCAUUCGUCACGAUGAUUUAUAGCAUGAUCACUGGUGACAUGCUCACCUUUGCCAUCAUUUAUUCCAUCAUGCUCCUGGCCUUCUCUCAGGCCUUCUUCUUCCUCCACCGCGGACAUCCCGAUAAAACUCUGUUUAGCAACUUUUUAUCCACCUGGAUGGGCCUAUUUCACUGGACUCUUGGCGACUACAAUUACAACUCACUGCAAGACACGGUUUACCCGGCAGUGACAACCACCGUCUUUGUCAUUUUCAUGAUUAUGGUUCCGAUAUUGCUGUUGAACAUGUUGAUCGCUAUGAUGGGUAACACCUACGCCCUGGUCAUUCAGCAGAGUGAGAAAGAAUGGGUGAAACAAUGGGCGAAGAUCGUCAUUGCCCUGGAAAGGGCCGUCAACCAAAUGAACUGCAAAGAGUACUUGGUGACGUACAGCAUUAAGGUGUCGGGCGGGAGUGAUGGCAGCGACGGGUCACCGCCCCAAGAAGAAGUACGAGGUGUCAUGGUCAUUAAAAGUAAGAAUAAAACAAGAGCUCGACAGAGGAAAGGUGCACUCAAUAAUUGGAAGAGAGUGGGUAAAAGGACGAUCAAGGAGCUUAAGCGUCGAGGUAUUACCGGCGAUCAAUUGCGCCGUCAAAUCUGGGAGCCUAAAACGCCAUCAACUACCUCCAUCAACGCCAGUCCGUGCGUCACUCCUAUACCUUGUCCACCAUCAGCUGCUAUGCUCCUAAUGGACGGCAUGAACGGCGGGGGUGGUCUGGGAGUCGAUGCAUUUACCUUCGGUGCUGCCUUCAAUGAUAUGUCCGGUUUUUCUGGCGGUGGCGGUAGCAAUAACACCUCGGCUCCACCACCGAUCAAUCAAGAAGCAUUGAAUGCAGCUCUUCUCAACAAGCUGUCACUCAACUUGCCUUUCGAAGAUGUUUUCGAGUCCACCUGUACGGCUCCAGUAGCUGCUAUGUCGCCAUCAGUUCCAAUUCAAGCUCCAGCUCAAGCUCCAGUUCCAGUUCAAGCUCAAGCUCAAGCUUCAUCUGCAGUUCAAUCUCCAGUUCAAGUUCCAGCUCCAGUUUCAGCAGUUCCAACUCCAAUUUCAGCAGUUCCAACUCCAAUUUCAGCAAAUCCAACUCCAAUUCAAGUCCCAGCUCCAGUUCAAGUUCCAGCUUCAGUUCAAGCUUCAGCCCCAGUUCCAGCAGUUCCACAGGUUCCAGCCAUACCAGAUUCAGUUCCAGCAGUUCCAGAUCCAGUUCCAACAAUUCCAGUUCCAGCAGUUCCAGUUCCAGCAGUUCCAGUUCCAGCAGUUCCAGUUCCAGCAGUUCCAGUUCCAGUUCCAGCAGUUCCAAUUCCAGUUCCAGCAGUUCCAGCAGUUCCAGAUCCAGUUCCAGUACUACCUGGUAGUACGCAAAUUUUCCCACCCCUUCCUGCUCCGAUGUUGCCCAGCAGUACACUCAUUUAUCCAACGUCACCACCUUUUGUUACGCCCACUCCACCUACAACAGUGACAGCGUCGACAUCGAUAUUUCCUCCGCUUCCGCCCCUCCCACCACUCCCACUAGACAGCGGCCCGUCUUUUAUCGAUCAACUGGACAACUCGUCGCAAUUAUCGGAUAUAGAAAACGAAAUCAUUGCUCAAACUUUGUUGAGUGCAAAUGUCAAACAGAAAAAGUCGGUCGACUCACAGCCCAAGGAUUCCCUGCCGCCAUUGUUCCGGGCCCGUCUUCUAGAUUCUCCAGCACAAUCCAUUGAAGGAGAAGUGAUCUAUGGUGGUGGGGGGUCCAUCGAAGGACUCAUUUUCCCUUGUACAAUUCCGCUUACUGCUACAAUACCCCAGGAUUUACCCAGUAGCAGUUUCACCUCCGAGUUUAUAAGAACCAAAGCUCCGAACAUUUUCCGAGAGGAGAGCAUCGAUCUAAUUGAAUUACGACAGUCGAUUGACGAACCCAAAAUGGCAGCCGUCGCCGAUCCUCAGCCGUUGAUUAUCAUCGACACGGAAUUGAAGAAGCCGAAAAUUCCUCCGGUCGUCGUCGAUGACAAAUUGUUGGCUGCCAUUCAUCGCGAUCCUUCCGUCUCAAAGAGCCACAACAAACGCACUACGAAAUCCCGCAGGAAACAUCACCAGUUUAGCCGGACGAAUGUCGUAGCUCCAAUGGAGUUUUACCCUGAUCCUCCUCAACAGCAGACGGAAGGAAUCUAUCACAUAGAAGAACAGAUUCCAAGACCGCCAUCACCUCAACUGGAUUUGGUGCCCAGGGGAGCUGAGGCUCCAUUAUCCGAAAGAGUCACAUUAAGUGACGAAACAGCAUUUCUUCAACACCGCUCCUACCUGGCGCGAUCCACCACGAUCGCCGAAGGAGGAGAUCAUCACCAAAGAAUCCAGAAGCUGAGGAGCUCCAGAAGCACUCCAGGUGAUCGAUUAAUCCAAGUGUCGGACAACGAGUCCCUGGCCAGCAGUUCCAGUGGUAGUGGUGUAGACGAAAGCCUCUACACGGCGACGCGAGUGAUGCCCAGGAGUGAGCCGCAGCGGAUGAGUUCCACGACCAGCAGCACCAGCACCAGCAGUGGAUCAGCUGCACAGGCUCUUGCGCCGUUCGCCAUGCCAACUAAAGAAGAGGAGCCAUCACCUUUUGUGGCGGCGGAUCCAGUUGUCGUUUUCCACAUAAGCGGGUCGAAUUCCAACGACGGGACAACGCCGCCUGGUCGACUUCCGUCCAGUCCCAUGUUGAGCACGAAAUUGAUGAAAAGUACCAACAACCAGAGGCCGAAAGAUCGUCACACGUCGAAAAUGGCGUCAAUGACAACGGUCAGCAAAGUCAAAAGGUACAAUGUGAUGACGGCCUCAAAAGGAAAUCGGAAUCGAUCGCCAAUGCGUCGUGAGAGUUCCGAACACGGGCUGUCUUCCACCUCGUCGCGGAUAGACCAGGCCAAAGCGGAUCAUUUUCGAUCACCAGCGUCGCCUGCCGUAAUGAAUUUGGGCAACCUGCUGGGUGGCGGCGACACGGAACCUCCCGGCCCCGAUGACAUCAUUGGCGACAUUUAAUUGUUCAAAGUGAAAGCGUCAAUUAUUCUAAUAACUUACCCGGUUUUAUUCCUCUUUGUCUUCAUUAUUCAUUUAACUUUCUAUAAUCAUUGCCCAUCAUCAGUUUUAUAUUCCAUUUCUGUUACACUCUGAACUUGUAAGAAAACUUUGAUAUUUUCGGUCUCUCUUUUAUUGAUUUAAAUUAAUAUCCCAUAGAUCCAAGAUCAGUUGGAAAAUAGUAGAAAAUGAAUUUCGGAUAAAUUUAUGGAAUCGAUUUCCGAAAUCGAUUCCUGUCCAUCCUGUGUUAGGAUAGUAUAGACCUAUAAGGAAAUCCUAAUAUACUCUCACUUACCGUUUAUGACACGCAAUCUCCUUCUAUUCAAUCUUGUUGACAUAAUAACUAUUACGAUUAAUUAAACUGUAUAUUCACUU